AUGAGCCGAAAGCUCGCCCCCGAAGCCAAUCGGAUUCUCUUCGUCAAGAACCUCAACUAUAACGUAACGGCAGAACAGCUUUUCGACCUAUUUGGCAAGUUUGGGCCCAUCCGUCAAAUUCGUCAGGGUAUUGCAAACAACUCGAAAGGCACUGCUUUUGUUGUAUACGAAGACGUUCAGGACGCCAAACAGGCAUGCGAUAAACUCAAUGGAUUCAACUUCCAGAACAGAUAUCUCGUUGUCCUAUAUCACCAGCCCGAGAAAAUGCUCAAGUCGAAAGAAGACCUUGCCGAAAGACAGGAAAACCUAGAGCGCCUUAAACAGCAACAUGGGAUAGAAUAA